GUUCGCGGGCCACCAUGUCGAAAAUUAACCAGCCCUCGAAUCAGAUCAAGCUCACGAACGUCUCGAUUGUCCGCCUGAAGAAGGGCGGUAAGCGCUUUGAGAUCGCUUGCUACAAGAAUAAAGUACAAGAGUACCGGAAUGGAGUCGAAACCGACCUAGACGACGUCCUCCAAAUCUCCAAUGUCUUCAUCAACGUCUCCAAGGGCGAACUCGCAAAAGCCGCCGACCUCAAGAAGUCCUUCGGAACCACCGACCAGGACACCAUCGUCAAAGAGAUCCUGAAGAAGGGCGAAAUGCAGGUCGGCGAGAAGGAGCGCGAGCACGAUCUCGCGUCCCUGCGGAAGGAGAUCGCGACGUUGGUGGCGGAGAAGUGUGUGGAUCCGGCGACGCAGAGGCCGUACUCGGUGGGGAUCAUUGACAAGGCGAUGACGGAGGCUGGCUUCAGUGUGAAGCAGGGGAAGAGCGCGAAGAGUCAGGUUUCGGAAUGCAUCCGACUACUCCAAACGGAGUCGCAGCUCCCCAUACAGCGCGCACGGAUGCGCAUUCGCGUCGCUCUGCCGAAGGCUGACGCUGAUAAAUUGCGUGCCAAGAUCGUCGAAAGCGCAGAGAAGGUUGAGACUGAGGAGUCGCCAGCAGACGAGUGGGAGGCCACGAUGCUCAUCGAGCCGAGCCAAUUCCGCGUAAUCAACGAGAUCUUGCAAAAGGAAUGCAAGGGCCGUGGAAGGAUAGAAACGCUAACGUUUGCCGCUACGGCGACCAGUUAGAGGUCUUCCGAGCUGCUUCUGCCCAUGUUUGUUGUAUCACGUACUUUGGAGUAAGUUAUCCGUAAUCGUGUACCACUACCCCGCUGCUGCAGUCAACCGC